AUCCUGCAGCCCAGAGUAGCAAUUUUUUUAUUUAGCGACACGAGGAGUUAGAAGGAGGCGUGCCGGCGAAAAUGGCAGCCCCUGGAACAACUACAGCCGACUGGGAGUUUGACAAAUUUGAUGAUGGAUCUUUAAAAAUAGUUGGAGAACUACAGCUGAAGAAAUAUGGUAAUUUUCUUGAGGACUAUGCGUCACAGCUAAAGGAUAUUGAAGAUGCUUUGGACGACUCAAUAGGUGAUUCCUGGGACAUGACACUUGACCCUAUAGCUCUCCAGUUUCUGCCGUACGAACAAACCAGCUUGCUUCAGCUGAUUAGAACAGACAACAAGAUCUUCAACAAGAUCAUCACAGUUCUAGCUUCCUUGUGUUCUGAAAUGGACACCUUGAAACACGAAGCAGAGACCAAGUUCUUUAAUGCCUUGUUGUUCUAUGGGGAAGGAGAACCUGAGACAGGCCUAGAAGAUGGAGAUGCGCAGGUGCAGAUGGGGAAGGUCAUCCCAUUGCUUCAGGAGCUGCACUGUUUUGUAACACGUUCGUAUGAAGUCGUCAAGAAUGUGGUCCAGCAGUUUGCCAGCCUCUACAGCAAUACCAGGAGUGGGCCCAAACUGAUAGAUGUGACUGAUGUCCACUUUCAGGUUGUGUUUGCCCACCUGGCUGACAUGCUGGGCAUCCUCAUCACGCUGGAUGAGAUCAUCGAGAACCAUGCAAGUCUCAAGGAUCACUGGACACUCUACAAGAGAAUGGUGAAAUCUGUUCGUCACAAUCCCGCCAAGUUUAACACAACAGAUGAGAAGCUGCGGCCAUUUGAGAAACUCAUGAUGAUGCUUGAAGGCAGACUUCUCGAUGGCUUCAUCUUCCAGAACUGUGUGGAGCAGGUGUUUGAUGACCACCGUGUCAACGUCUCCAAGAACAGUGCAUUUGCCGAGGAGUUUGCCGUCAACAUCCGGGAUUAUGUCAUGGAGCUUGAGAGCAGGAUGGGUGAGGUGAACGAGAUAGAUCAGCGGUACAGAUUUGUGGGGGCCUGUGGUCUCUAUGUGCUCCAUUUCCAGAUAUUCCGAGUCUUGGACAAGAAGCUGUUUAAAGCCCUCUGGGAUAUCUACAAGAAGGUGCCCUGCAUCCAUCUGAUUGGCAACGUGGUGUGGUUUCCUAAUAACUUCCUCACAACCAAGAUGCCCAACCUCGCCCAGCUGUUGGACCGCAAGGCCCAGUCGGCCGUCGGCCCCUCCCAGACUGCCUGGCUCACGGCACGGACACAGAUGCUCACCAACAGACACAGGGACAUCCAGACGUACAGCACGCAGGUGUCGGCGUGGAUGGUCAGGAUGGAGUCGAACCUGUCCCGUGGGGCCACCCUCAUCGAGGACCUCAACAACAGAGCAGUUCUCUUCAUUCAGGGCCUGCUGUACGCCUAUAACCUGAGUCACCUUGUCAGGACUGUCAUGAACCUGCACGUAGCCCUACAGAAACCCAUGACCAAGACAGCAGUGCUCUCCCUUUGUCGACUCGUGGAGCUGCUGAAGGCUAUAGAACAUACGUUCCAUCGGCGCACAAUGCUGAUCGCGGAGUCCAUGAACCAUGUGAUUCAGCACCUCAGUUUCCUGGCUCUCAGUGCUAUCGGGACAGCCAAGAAAAGGAUCACCUCUGACAAGCGAUACAGUGAGAGGAGACUGGACGUCCUGUCAGCUCUCGUGCUCGCCGAGUCAGCCCUCAACGGACCAGGUACCAAAGAAAGGAGACUGAUUGCUAAACUGGCCCUUGCUGUGGGCACAAAGAUGAAAUCCUUCAAGGAUGAUGAGAUGAAUGGUUUGUCGGAGACAAUGAGGAAACUGGAAGUCAUCAGUGAAUUGAGAGAAAAAUUACGGGGAGCGUGUGACUGCAGCUUCAUCUACUGGCACAGAGUCAUCUUCCCGCUGUACCUCACGGAUGUGUGUGACAAUGUCACCGACACACACCGGAUACACUACAUGUUCGGAGCUAUGCGGGACUGUGUGUUGCCGAUGCAGAAAGUCCGUCACCUCAAUUCACCUCAAGACCUCCUGGACUCGUUUGACAAGGAGGUGACACUGCAGGUUCAGGAGCAUCUGAUUGACCCUCUAUGUCGUGCCAUCGAGACUGACCUCCGACUGCAGAUUCACCUUCACCUUCAGCUCGAUGAUCGCAACCCGUUCAAAGUCGGGAUGAAGGACCUGUCGCAUCUCCUCAAGAUCAGACCCAUCCGCUUCUUCCAGAGGGACAUCAACAUCAAAGCAACUGUGGAGCACUACCUGAACAGAACCUUCUACAACCUGACGACUGUGGCACUCCACGACUGGAAGACAUACGGCGAGAUGCGCAACAUGGCCGAACAAAAGUAUAACUUGUCCUUGAUGGAGUCUCAUCUCCCCAGUCAGACUCUAGAACAGGGUCUAGAUGUGCUUGAAAUCAUGAGGAACAUCCAUGUGUUUGUGUCCAAGUAUCUCUACAAUCUCAACAACCAGAUAUUUGUGGAGAGGACAAGCAACAACAAACAUCUGAACACCAUCAACAUCCGGCACAUAGCCAACUCUAUACGGACACAUGGCAUUGGCAUCAUGAACACUACUGUCAAUUUCACGUACCAGUUCCUUCGCAAGAAAUUCUUCAUCUUCUCUCAGUUCAUGUAUGAUGAACACAUUAAAUCCAGACUGAUCAAAGACUGGAAGUUUUUCAAGGAAAAUCAUAUGCAGACUGAUCAAAAGUACCCAUUUGAGCGAGCAGACAAGUUCAACAAGGGAAUCCGGAAGUUGGGCCUGACACCUGAUGGAGAGAGUUACCUAGACCAGUUCCGCACCCUCAUCACACAGAUAGGCAAUGCUAUGGGCUACAUCAGGAUGAUCCGUUCUGGGGGCCUGCAUUGCUGCAGCAACGCCAUCAGGUUCAUCCCUGACAUCGAGGACAUCGUCAACUUCGAGGAGCUGUGUAAGGAGGAAGGCCUGUCUGCUGAGUGCCAGGCAGCAGCCAAGAACUUGGACAAUGUGAUUGGGAACCUUGCCAAGAACUUUGCUGAAGGAACUGAGUACUUCAAGAUGCUGGUGGACGUGUUUGCUCCAGAGUUCCGGAACACAAAGAACAUGCAUCUGAGGAACUUCUUCGUGAUUCUGCCCCCACUGACUGUGAACUUUGUGGAGCACUCCAUCAGCUGCAAGGAGAAGAUGAACAGGAAGAACAAGGACAUGGCGGCCUUCACGGACGACGGCUUCGCCAUGGGUGUUGCCUAUAUCCUGAAGCUGUUGGACCAGUAUCAUGAGUUUGACUCCCUCCACUGGUUCCAGUCCGUCAGAGAUAAACACCUCACGGAGAAGAGGCAGGUGUCGCAGCAGACAGGCAGCCGUGGUGACGAGAAGCUGCAGCAGACCAUGAGUCUAACGGUCAAGAGACUGGACCAGUCCCUUCAGGAGUUUGACCUGCUCCACUACUCACUCAGCAGCGCACGGAUCUUUUUCCGUGCCGAUCUGACGGCUGCCGAGGAGAAGGCGGAGAAAGACAAAGCUGGACCCGACACACCGUCAGCCAAUGGAGACGGGGCGAGUGGUUCAGCCAAUCAGACGUCAGCAUCUGCCUCUUCAGCUUCAUGAUACUGAUGGAAGGUAAGAGUUGCUCUCUCUCUGCAUGACUGUAACCAUGACUUUCUCUCUGUGGUGAGAGACUCUCUCAUGACUUUCUCUCUGUGGUGAGAGACUCUUUCAUGACUUUCUCUCUGUGGUGAGAGACUCUCUCAUGACUUUCUCUCUGUGGUGAGAGACUCUCUCAUGACUUUCUCUUUGUGGUGUGAGACUUUCUCAUGACUUUCUCUUUGUGGUGUGACACUCUCUCAUGACUCUCUGUGGUGUGAGACUCUCUCAUGACUUUCUCUCUGUGGUGUGAGACUCUCUCAUGACUUUCUCUUUGUGGUGUGACACUCUCUCAUGACUCUCUGUGGUGAGAGACUCUCUCAUGACUUUCUCUCUGCUUUGUGGGGUGAGACUGUGUCUAUGAAAGAUGUCUGUGAUUGACAAUUGCUCGCUGUGCAGUUUUUUCAUAACAACUCACUAGCUGUAAAAAUGUAGGGCUUUAGUUGGCUGUAUGUUAACAUAGGGCUUGUGUCUUCUGAACACCACUGGAGGGCUGUAUGCUAACAUUGGUUGUGUGUCUUCUGAACACCACUGGAGGGCUGUAUGCUAACAUUGGUUGUGUGUCUUCUGAACACCACCGUAGGGUUUUAUGCUAACAUAGGGCUUGUGUCUUCUGAACACUACUGGAGGGUUGUAUGCUAACACAGGGCUUGUGUCUUCUGAACACGCUGUAUGCUAACAUAGGGCUUGUGUCUUCUGAACACCACUGGAGGGCUUUAUGCUAACAUAGGGCUUGUGUCUUCUGAACACCACUGGAGGGUUGUAUGCUAACAUAGGGCUUGUGUCUUCUGAACACCACUGGAGGGCUUUAUGCUAACAUAGGGCUUGUGUCUUCUGAACAUCACUGGAGGGCUGUAUGCUAACAUAGGGCUUGUGUCUUCUGAACAUCACUGGAGGGCUGUAUGCUAACAUAGGGCUUGUGUCUUCUGAACAUCACUGGAGGGCUGUAUGCUAACAUAGGGCUUGUGUCUUCGGAACACCACUGGAGGGUUUUAUGCUAACAUAGGGCUUGUGUCUUCUGAACAUCACUGGAGGGCUGUAUGGUAACAUAGGGCUUGUGUCUUCUGAACACCAAUGGAGGGUUGUAUGGUAACAUAGGGCUUGUGUCUUCUGAACACCACUGGAGGGCUGUAUGCUAACAUAGGGAUUGUGUCUUCUGAACACCACUGGAGGGUUGUAUGCUAACAUAGGGCUUGUGUCUUCUGAACACCAAUGGAGGGCUGUAUGCUAACAUUGGGCGUGUGUCUUCUGAACACCACUGGAGGGCUGUAUGCUAACAUAGGGCUUGUGUCUUCUGAACACCACUGGAGGGCUGUAUGCUAACAUUGGUUGUGUGUCGUCUGAACACCAAUGGAGGGCUGUAUGCUAACAUAGGGCUUGUGUCUUCUGAACACCACUGGAGGGUUGUAUGCUAACAUAGGGCUUGUGUCUUCUGAACACCACUGGAGGGCUUUAUGCUAACAUAGGGCUUGUGUCUUCUGAACAUCACUGGAGGGCUGUAUGCUAACAUAGGGCUUGUGUCUUCUGAACAUCACUGGAGGGCUUUAUGCUAACAUAGGGCUUGUGUCUUCUGAACAUCACUGGAGGGCUUUAUGCUAACAUAGGGCUUGUGUCUUCUGAACAUCACUGGAGGGUUGUAUGCUAACAUAGGGCUUGUGUCUUCUGAACAUCACUGGAGGGAUGUAUGCUAACAUAGGGCUUGUGUCUUCUGAACAUCACUGGAGGGCUUUAUGCUAACAUAGGGCUUGUGUCUUCUGAACAUCACUGGAGGGCUUUAUGCUAACAUAGGGCUUGUGUCUUCUGAACAUCACUGGAGGGCUUUAUGUUAACAUAGGGCUUGUGUCUUCUGAACAUCACUGGAGGGCUUUAUACUAACAUAGGGCUUCUGUCUUCUGAACACCACUGGAGGGCUUUAUGCUAACAUAGGGCUUGUGUCUUCUGAACAUCACUGGAGGGCUGUAUGCUAACAUAGGGCUUGUGUCUUCGGAACACCACUGGAGGGUUUUAUGCUAACAUAGGGCUUGUGUCUUCUGAACAUCACUGAAGGGCUGUAUGCUAACAUAGGGCUUGUGUCUUCUGAACACCGCUGGAGGGUUGUAUGCUAACAUAGGGCUUGUGUCUUCUGAACACCACUGGAGGGUUGUAUGCUAACAUUGGUUGUGUGUCUUCUGAACGUCACUGGAGGGCUGUAUGCUAACAUAGGGCUUGUGUCUUCGGAACACCACUGGAGGGUUUUAUGCUAACAUAGGGCUUGUGUCUUCUGAACAUCACUGAAGGGCUGUAUGCUAACAUAGGGCUUGUGUCUUCUGAACACCACUGGAGGGUUGUAUGCUAACAUAGGGCUUGUGUCUUCUGAAUACCAAUGGAGGGCUGUAUGCUAACAUAGGGCUUGUGUCUUCUGAAUACCAAUGGAGGGCUUUAUGCUAACAUAGGGCUUGUGUCUUCUGAAUACCACUGGAGGGCUGUAUGCUAACAUAGGGCUUGUGUCUUCUGAAUACCACUGGAGGGCUGUAUGCUAAUAUGGGGCUUGUGUCUUCUGAACACCACUGGAGGGCUUUAUGCUAACAUAGGGCUUGUGUCUUCGGAACACCAAUGGAGGGCUGUAUGCUAACAUUGGUUGUGUGUCGUCUGAACACCAAUGGAGGGCUGUAUGGUAACAUAGGGCUUGUGUCUUCUAAACACCAAUGGAGGGCUGUAUGGUAACAUAGGGCUUGUGUCUUCUGAACAUCACUGGAGGGCUUUAUGCUAACAUAGGGCUUGUGUCUUCUGAACAUCACUGGAGGGCUGUAUGCUAACAUAGGGCUUGUGUCUUCUGAACACCACUGGAGGGCUGUAUGGUAACAUAGGGCUUGUGUCGUCUGAACACCACUGGAGGGCUGUAUGGUAACAUAGGGCUUGUGUCUUCUGAACACCACUGGAGGGCUGUAUGCUAACAUAGGGCUUGUGUCUUCUGAACACCACUGGAGGGCUGUAUGGUAACAUAGGGCUUGUGUCUUCUGAACACCACUGGAGGGCUGUAUGCUAACAUAGGGCUUGUGUCUUCUGAACACCACUGGAGGGCUGUAUGGUAACAUAGGGCUUGUGUCGUCUGAACACCAAUGGAGGGCUGUAUGGUAACAUAGGGCUUGUGUCUUCUGAACACCACUGGAGGGCUGUUAGCUAACAUAGGGCUUGUGUCUUCUGAACACCACUGGAGGGCUGUAUGCUAACAUUGGUUGUGUGUCUUCUGAACACCAAUGGAGGGCUGUAUGCUAACAUUGGUUGUGUCUUCUAAACACCAAUGGAGGGCUGUAUGCUAACAUAGGGCUUGUGUCUUUUGAACACCACUGGAGGGCUUUAUGCUAACAUUGGUUGUGUGUCUUCUGAACACCACUGGAGGGCUGUAUGCUAACAUAGGGCUUGUGUCUUCUGAACACCACUGGAGGGUUGUAUGCUAACAUUGGUUGUGUGUCUUCUGAACACCACUGGAGGGUUGUAUGCUAACAUAGGGCUUGUGUCUUCUGAACACCACUGGAGGGCUGUAUGCUAACAUAGGGCUUGUGUCUUCGGAAUACCACUGGAGGGCUUUAUGCUAACAUAGGGCUUGUGUCUUCUGAAUACCACUGGAGGGCUGUAUGCUAACAUAGGGCUUGUGUCUUCUGAAUAUCACUGGAGGGUUGUAUGCUAAUAUGGGGCUUGUGUCUUCUGAACACCACUGGAGGGCUUUAUGCUAACAUUAUGCUUGUGUCUUCAGAACACCAAUGGAGGGCUGUAUGCUAACAUUGGUUGUGUGUCUUCUGAACACCAAUGGAGGGCUGUAUGGUACCAUAGGGCUUGUGUCUUCUAAACACCAAUGGAGGGCUGUAUGGUAACAUAGGGCUUGUGUCUUCUGAACACCACUGGAGGGCUGUAUGCUAACAUAGGGCUUGUGUCUUCUGAACACCACUGGAGGGUUGUAUGCUAACAUUGGUUGUGUGUCUUCUGAACACCACUGGAGGGUUGUAUGCUAACAUAGGGCUUGUGUCUUUUGAACACCACUGGACGGUUGUAUGCUAACAUAGGGCUUGUGUCUUCUGAACGCCAAUGGAGAGCUGUAUGCUAACAUAGGGCUUGUGUCUUCUGAACACCACUGGAGGGUUGUAUGCUAACAUAGGGCUUGUGUCUUCUGAACACCACUGGAGGGCCGUAUGCUAACAUAGGGCUUGUGUCUUCAGAACACCAAUGGAGGGCUGUAUGCUAACAUUGGUUGUGUGUCGUCUGAACACCAAUGGAGGGCUUUAUGCUAACAUAGGGCUUGUGUCUUCUGAACACCAAUGGAGGGCUGUAUGCUAACAUUGGUUGUGUGUCUUCUGAACACCAAUGAAGGGUUGUAUGCUAACAUAGGGCUUGUGUCUUCUGAACACCAAUGGAGGGCUGUAUGGUAACAUAGGGCUUAUGUCUUCUGAACACCACUGGAGGGCUGUAUGCUAAC